GUACAGGGUAAACCGCUAAGGCGGACCCCUAACGCAACCCUGGGGGAGUCUGGGAGAGUGUCACCGUCCAUCGCUGCAGACAUUGGAGACGAAAGCAUCAGACUAAAAUCUCCUAGAGCGUGUUUGAAUGGCCGAUCGAGGGCCCCCAGUGGACACCGAGCAGGUGUGCCCUGACGGCCAGACCGGCUCUUAUUCGACCAAGCAUCGUAGACUCCAUCCGUGGCUUCCAGCGUCCCAUCUUCCCAAAGUCCAGGGCAUGGCCGAUCCCUGGCUUGUCGCCGGUCUCCGCCAGGUCAGAUCCGACCAAUUUCGAGCCGUGCAAGUGCUUGUUUCUUGGUGUUUCUUGUCGCUGUGCUGCUUUGGAGCCCCGUUGAUCGCCUAUCAGCCUUCCCUUUCAACCUUGGCUCCAUUGACGUUGUCGCUUGCCCGCUGACCUUCGUCAUUCUUUCCGCGUUCUUCUUUCCUUCAUCCGUUGGGGUCCAGAGAUCGUCUGCUGUUCAUUUUAUCCUCUGGGUUUUCCUCUCCACGUUUCCUUCCCCCCUUCUUCGCUGCCAAUCUUCCCUCCUUUACACGCCCAGUAUCCGGCCCUCC